AUGUCACUCUUUACCGCUCAACUUCAUCCUGGCCGAGCACUGGGCUUUCUAGUCCUCGGCGCAACUCUUCACGAUGUCCUUACUCGUCUCAAAGCCGAACCUCAACGCUUCCCCAAGAUCGAGCUUCUGUACUCCCCCGAUCGACCUGUUACCGAACCCGUCGGAGUCAGUCUGCCUGCAAAUGGAGUCCGGCUAAGGUUCGAUGGCCCCGAACAACGGUUGCGCCUCAUCGAAGUUACCGACUUCACCAAGAACCAUAUUACUUUCAAGGAGAGAGAUCUUGUCAAGCCGGCAGCUAACGGGUCGCCUGUGCCAGGAGACUCGACAUCAGGUCCUACUUUUCGGCACAUAUACCAUAAGCUGCUUGGGCCGACGUAUGCAGGAGAGUUCAUUCCUCCCUCCAGUGCCCACGACAACGGCAUAUACGUCUUAUCAUACCCUGGCGUUGCUUUCAAUUUCUCACUGAACCCUUCCGAAUACUCCCCCGAGAAGGAUGUAGUGUCAACUUUUGCAUCGGCUUCAAGUCAGGUUGCGACUUCUAUGGCGGUAUUUAGUGGUGAUUCUUGGGCCGACGCCAGACCGACUCUCUGGACAGAACUACUGCCUAGUAUCAAAUCGACUACUGUGAUACCUCGUGGUAAAGAUGUGUACCCUGACGAGAUCUCGCUUGUUCGACUACAUGGCGGCGGGAAAAUACAAAUGUUCAGAAAAUGGACUAGUAACUCCUUCAUGAUUACUCUCGGCGAAACGACACCCCAAGAUCUUCUCAUGGAGCUGGGUCCUCCAAAUGCUAUUUAUCGCAAGAACGACCAGAAGAUGGUCAUCCACAAGAUGCGCACAGCCAGCAAUACGAAAGCUCGACCGGAAGCUGCAGACAUUGGUCGACCUGAGGAUCUUACCGAUACAGAUCAGUCGUCCAUGCACGACGCAUCUGAUGCAUCUGAUGAUGAAGAAGCUAUCGACGAUCAGAUUGGACUCAACACAAAUGGCGAAUGCUUCUACAAUUAUUUCUACCUUGGUUUCGACAUUUUGAUAUCUACCCGCGUGCCUCCUUCACAAGCUCCUCCCGGAAGCAAAACGAACGAAGCCGAGGGCCAGAAUGGUAUCGUAUCACACUCUCCAGAUCGUUUAGUGGCCACAAAGCUGGUCCUACAUGGCAAUAUACCAGGUUCAUAUGAAUUCAACCGCCAUCGACGCUGUCGUUGGGAAAUAGCAUACCUAGACUCUAUAGACGACGGCAGCAACUCGCCAACGGAUUCGGAAACACCUUUCCCACAGAUAGAAGAUCGUAUGAACGCAGCAUGGGCGUCCGCAUUCCCUCGCAACGACUCACAGCAAAGACAGCGCGGCAUGGUCCUUAAUCGUGGCUGGGGUGAUAGUCCAGGCAGUAGCUGUGAGUUCCUGGGUGGAUGGGAAGAGAGUGGUGCAAAGCGCGCCGAAGCGAAUGGCGAUUCUACGACAACGCUGUAUGGAUUUCCUGGAAUGGUGUUUGAGGUUUUGAAGAAUGGACAUGUCAACACGGUGACGGUAUUUUGA